UUUCUAUCACGCAUGCGCUCUGCCUAUCAGCUGACUAUGACUACAUGAAAAACUACCAACGAAUGUGGUUCUUCGAUGUUCAUUGUUGGAAGAACGUCGAAGCGAGAGUAUUCACGUUGCUUUCCUUUAAACGAAUACAUCAUUUGAGUAGAGAACAUGCUGUUCUUUGGAAUAUUAUCCAUUCUUCUAGCAGUUGUCUUUGCUAAAGAUACCUGCUAUACUGAUGUAGGUGCAGCUUGUAACUCUCUACCAAAACCAGAUAGAGAAUUGAUGUCAAAUUGUAAUGCAAAGUAUGGAUAUACUAAAAAACAUUUAACUGAUCUUCAAUCAUAUGCAAAUGCUAAUAUUGGAAUCAGCUUUGAGUUUUUAUUAAUGUCUAGUUAUUUUGGAAAUUAUGAAGAUCAACGUGAAGGAUUUAAAAAAUUAUAUCGUAAAUUUUCUGAUGAAAUGUGGGAAGAUGCAAUUAAUACAAUCAAAUAUAUCACCAAACGAGGUGAUAUAAUGAAUUUCAAUGAAUCACCACGCUUUGUGAAACCUACAAAUGUAUUAGAGCUGAAUGAACUUAACAGUUUAGCCAAAGCACUUGAUAGACAAAAGCAGCUUGCAAAUGAAGCUCUGCGUAUACAUUCUACAUUUACACAAAUUAAUAAGGAAGAUGAUGCUGCUCUUGCUCAUUACAUCGAAGAAAAAUUCUUAGAACCACAAGCUGAUCGUGUUCGAGAUUUAGCAGGCUAUACAAAUGAUUUGAAGAACUUGUUAAGAACUGGCGAUGAUCCAUCUGUAGCUAUAUUUUUGUUUGAUGAAUACCUUAAGAAAAGUUUGUAAUUUGUUUACAACUGAAAUUGAAAGAGUAUAAAUCAGAAUUUUGUAUCUACCAUUAUUUUAAAAAUUCCCUAUAUGAAGAAGUUUUGUUCAUAACAAAACAUCAUUUUUUCAGUUAUGCAGAAUUCUAUAUUUAGAAUUAAUGAAUAUAUAUAUUAUUUUUUAAUACAUUUCAUCUAAUAAAGUGUAUACUUCAUGAA